AUGCAUUCGUGCCAUGGAAUUUCAACAUCAACAGUUUGGAAUGUCAUAGACCGCGUUACGCCGGCAAUACUAAGUUUACAGCGAGAACUUGUUUGUUGGCCCAAGCAGCCCCUUCGAAUCGCUUCAAAGUUUCAUGAUAUAGCUGGGUUUCCUUGUGUUGCUGGUUGCGUGGAUGGAACCCAUGUUCUGGUAAAUCCCCCGGCUGGUGAUGAAGAUGCAUACGUGAAUCGGCAUCAUACGAAAUCCCUCAAUGUGGCCAUGGUUUGUGGCCCAGAUUACUCAAUAUAUUUCUGUAGCAGCCGAUGUCCUGGGAGAUGGCAUGACUCGCGGGUUCUCAAAGAGAGUACUCUGUGGACUGCAUUUGAAGAAAAUGCUCAGAGGCCAUUCACUGGAGCAGUAAUUCUAGGCGACUCUGCCUACUCGUGCAACAGCUGGCUGAUUCCUCCUUUCAGGGGAGAUGUAGGAGGCUUAAGAGUCAGAAGUAUGGAACGAGCUGCUGAACUUAUCCAGUGUGCAGCAGCCAUACUACACAACAUUUGCAUACUAUUUAAUGAUGAUGGUGCUGAUCUUUCGGAUGACGAAGAUCUGGAAAUUGAUGAAGGGGAGUCUGCCGAGCAAGACGAAGGGCAGGAGGACAGACGACAAGAGCUCUUGGCGCAUUUUCUUGAUGUGAAAUCAAAUUGUUAA